GAAAGUUAUACUGUUAAUAAAUUCACUGAUGCUUGGAAAACACAUUUUUUUCUCAUAAACAUAUACGCCUGACAUCUUUAAUAGGCUACUACUUAGAAAUACACUUCGAUUGCAAGGCCAAAUUGUAGACUAUUUAUUAGGCUACAACUUGGAAAUACACUUCCCAUCGAUUGCAAGCCCUAAAUUGGAGACUAUUUUUAGAGUAUCAAAUUCAGUAAUAGACCUAUAGUGUCAACUGAUAGUUUUCACAAUUUCAUUAAUGAUACUAGCAAUUUUUUUGUUGUUAUAUUUAAAUUGGAGAAUUCCAUCCAUUAGCCUGUUUUCCGUUUGAGGACGCCUCUUUUUAAAUUGACAGGGUUUUCCUGAAUAGUCUAUAAUACAUUAUUAAAUAAGCAAUGGAAAGGUUUAUGUCAUACGGGACUUGUAUUGUCAAAUAUGCAUUUUAAUUGACCAUCCCAAAAGCCCCGGUGUCCGACAUUAUGCAUAAUAGUUCCCUCUCGUCCGUGAAUAUACAGAAACGAACGAUAUCCACUCUUAAAAUAUGAAUAAUUCAGAUAUUUUUCUCAUCUCAUUCAGUGUCACCGUUGCCUUACGAUAGCGAGGUUUUCAGGGGUUAGCCUUUCAUUUGCUGUUAGGUUGGGCAUAUUUUUUUCUUGUUUUAUCUAAGUGUGGUAAUGCGCCAUCUGACACGGUUUUAAUAUCACUUGUUAUCAAGUGUCUGAAAAGAACAAAGCUAUCCCCCUCGCCACUUCCUUUUUUUCAGAUGCCCAUUUAAUUGUUUGGUAUUUCGUAUUUGUUUAUUUUAAAGGGAGUGGAGUCUCUUUCUUUCUUUUUUUCUCCCACUUUGUGUUUAAUGCUCCGUUUCGAAAGGCGCGUUGUACGGGUUAAUUUAGCGCGAGUUCCCCCGGCUCCUGUAGCGAUUAUUGCGCACAGUGGGGUUGCUGUGCUGUUGGUUCUCGCGGAGGCGAUGCCCUUUUGCGGAGAGGUCUUGUCACAGUGGACAGACGGCACCCUCACAAUCAGGACGCAAGGACACAAAGAGAAUAAUUGCAUUAAAAAGGACCAUUCUUUCCGCAACUGCCCAGGAGGGGUGUUGACUGUGGGUGUUUGAGAGGCCCUUUGUUUCUUGAAAAGAAGUAGCCAAGAAAAUGCACUGUGGACUUGCUGUAUGUUUUAUGAACAGUGUUACUGUAUACUGUUAGGGCGCUCGCACACGUCUCUCUACCUCUUUGGUUCGCGGAAAAGUCAGUGCUGUGCAGUUUUAACAGAGAAACUGGUUUGAAUAGUUCGAAAGACAAAAAGUUUAUGGCGUAUGCCCUUUGCGCGUUGGAUUUGGAGACCGCUGCGCGCCUCCAGUACUUUAUCUAACAGUACAUUCUCAAAAUUAGUAUUUUCUCUAAAUCUUCAUGUUACUGUCUGCUAAGUUUUUCAUUUGCCACCAUAAGCGUUCGUAGCAUUUUUUCCCUUGGGAAUUUGAGUUCUCAGCUCCCUUAAACGCCUCACAUUUGUAACAAAUUCAUUUUAAAAGGGGGGCGUGGAAGUGAAAACCUUAAAUCAUAGGCUACCUCAAUUUGUGGAUAUUUCUUCGAGGGAUGCCAAUGGACAGAUACGCUGACAUGGAGGACAAACUGCGCAUUUUGGAGGACCUGAACAUGAUGUACAUUCGCCAGAUUGCCCUGAGUUUACAGCUUAUGCCUGCCCAUACCAUAACCCCACCGCCACCAUGGGGCACCCUGUUCACAACGUUGGCAUCAGCAAACCGCUCGCCCACACGAUUCCAUGCACGUUGUCUGCCAUCUGCCCGGUACAGUUGAAACUGGUAUUCAUCCAUGAAGAGCACACUUCUUCAGCAUACCAGUGGCCAUCGAAGGACAGUAACAUCCAGAAGAAAAUAGACCAUGAGAUCCGGAUGCGUGACGGGGCCUGUAAGCUGCUGGCUGCGUGCUCCCAGAGAGAACAGGCCCUGGAGGCCUCCAAGAGCCUGCUCACCUGCAACACCCGCAUCAUGGCCUACAUGUCGGAGCUGCAGAGGAUGAAGGAGGCCCAGGUCAUGCAGAGGGUUGCACUAAGGUCAUCGGACGCAGGGCCCACGGACGACAGACUACCCUGUAAAGGAAAGGUGGCCAUCUCAGACCUGCGGAUCCCUCUCAUGUGGAAAGACACAGAGUACUUCAAGAACAAAGGAGAGCUGCAUCGGUGUGCAGUGUUCUGUCUGCUCCAGGUGGGGGCGGAGAUCCACGACACAGACAUGGUGAUAGUGGACCGGACACUCACCGACAUCUGCUUUGACAACACCAUAGUGUUCAGCGAGGCCAGCCCGGGAUUUGAACUGCGCGUGGAGCUGUACAGCUGCUGUUCAGAGGAGGACUACUCCACAGGGAGCACGCCUCGGAAACUAGCCAGCAAACUGAGCAGCUCUCUGGGCCGUUCGGCAGGGAAGAAGCUCCGCGUCGCCAUGGACCCUGGAGCCUGCAGCCCCAUCAGCAACGGAGGAGGAGCCACACUGCUGCUGCCUCUGCCCACAGUGGUGGGACCGAAGUACCAUCUCCUGGCCCACACCACCCUGUCACUGUCACACGUCCAGGACAGCUUCCGCACACAUGACCUCAGCAUCUCGGGCAACGAGGAGUGUUCACACUGGGUGCCUCUCUACGGCAAUGUGUGUUGUCGCCUGGCUGCCCAGCCUCACUGUAUGACCCAACAGAUGAUGAGCGGCUGCUUGAAGGUCAAGCAGUUUGGAGGUGACCCUCAGAGUUGGACAAACGUCUACGGCGUCCUUAAAGGGACAAACCUUUUCUGUUAUCACCGGCAAGAGGAUGUAGAGGCUAACAUAGAGCCAGCUUUUACCAUUUCCAUCAAUAAGAAGACGAGAAUACGGGCGUCGGAGAAGGACCUCCACAAUAAGGCCCAGAGCAUCUGUAUCAGUAACCAUUAUGGAGGAGAGGAGGUGACACACACACUCUCAGCAGACAGUCGUGAAGACACACACCGCUGGAUGGAGGCCUUCUGGCAACAGUUCUAUGACAUGAGCCAAUGGAAGCAGUGCUGUGACGACCUAAUGAAGAUUGAGCUGCCAUCGCCCCGGAAACCAACCCUGGUCACAUCGAAACAGGGUUCUCUUUACCAUGAAAUGGUUAUUGACACCUCUGAUGACAUCAGCACGGUGACGGACAUCCUGGCGCGGCGGAUGCAGGAGCUGGAGCUGAGGAGCCAGCUGGGGACCUCUCCUCCCUGGAUGUCCCUGUUCGAGGACUCUCCUGGUUGCCCCCGCACCCACAACCGCCUCCCCCACAGCCCCCUGCGCUGCCCCCGGCCCGGCCUGCUCUCCUCAGAAGCCAGCCUGACCUCGGACAGCGACAGCCCCUGCAGCACCAGCCCUUGCUCCCGCCACAGUGGCUGGGCAGAGCCCCUCUCCCUCUCCUCCCCCUCCUCACACUUCCGCCCCCGCACCCUAUCCCUGGACGCCAAGCUCAGCACCCUCCGGGGCAGGGGGUGUGGAGGGGUGUUACAGUGCUCCUGUCAGCCCCCCUCCUCCUCCCUUGCCCCCAUCCCAGCCCAACGCGUCCCCCAGGCCACCCUGUCCUGCUCCAACUCUACCUCCAGUAACAGCUCCAGCGAGGGCAGCCACAGCCCUGAGUUGUCAGACGGCACCCCUUUCUCACACCCCUCUUCGGCCCGUCAGAGCCUCAGGAACUUGAGGGCUAAACUGGACCCCCGGAAUUGGCUCCAGAGCCAGGUAUAACCAAGCUCAGACCCCCAAAUCACCCAAGGCCCUGGUAAGAACUGACAGGAAGGAAGCCCCCACUUCCUCGAUGAUGAAAGGGCAUUGGUGUUAACUGGAAUGACUUCAAUCUAAUGACAGGAGAAUUGUCAGUGUAUGGGAAUGUUUAGUAUCUGAGUGUGGUCAUAGGGUUGUUGGUGUAACUUGUGAUCUAUUCAAAUGGCUAGACCCACUGUCGUCGGUAAUGGCAAUUAAAUCCUGCCAGAAAAAGUCCUCUGAAACUACUAAUACACUGAUUUGCUUAUUGCAUGAUUGUGCUCGAAGUCAAGGAAUGUGUUGUUUCAGAUCUUUAAACUGCUCAGAAAGUGAAUGAAUUUUGAAAACUCAACUUAAUGCAACUGUGCUCCCAUUAAUUUACUGUGCUGCUUGUUACUACUACUACUACUGUGAUAACAUCCGGGUCACUUCCUCUGCUGGGUUUCCAGAACUUCCCCUACAUUCAUGAACACAUUGUAGGCCUAAUACACAUCAACCAAUAUUUGAGUUCACCAGGACAUUCCGUUAAGAAACCUGACUGCAAUUAUUUGUACCGAUGUAUGGAGUAAUUAUAAUGAAUUGAAGGAAGCCAAAGGUAAUGUACUACAUAAUCACGAGAAGCCAUAUUAACUCCUGUGUUACACUGCCUCAUUCAAGUACUGUGUGCAAAUGUACUGACCUUGAAGAGCGUAGAACCUGGGAAUGUGCAUACAUGGGUGAAGAAUUUUGGAAUCCCACAACUCUGACCUCUUAGUUUGUGGUACUACAGUCAUAAUGUUAUGCCCGGCAAACCGGUCUCAAAAUUCUGCUGCAAUACCAUAUGAAACAUUGUAAUCGAUCAAGUAUGCAAUGCAGGACAUAUUGAUCUCUAGAAAAUAUUGUGUUGUGUUUUUUUUGUCUUGAAAUAGUGUAGUCUUUCACCUAAUGCCAAGCAGCUGAUUGUAUCGGUUAAGUGAUGAGGUGGGCAGGGGUAGGUGUGUCUCUGGUCUGUGCAGUAAAGCCUAACAAUCCCUGUGUUCUAAUGGACUUUCUAACAUGCUACUGUGUCACAAGGGCUCGCAGCUGGCUCACUCCUUUUUACUCAGAGCAAAACAACUGUACAUGCUUCAAAGUGGCAUUUGUUACUGUAAAGUUUUUUUGUAAUAAGUUAACAAAACUCUUUUUCUUAUACAUUAUACAUGAUUGAUUUUGUUAUAAAUACAGCUAUAUUGAUUUAUUUUUAACAGAUUGCAUAUCUAUAACUGUGUCUAAUAGAUCACAUUGAAUGUUAACCUUGCAAGAGUGUCUUGUGUUAGCAGACUGUCUGCAUGCACGUCAUCCUAGGGGAGAAAGGAAUAAGAACUGUCAGUCAUGUUUUAAAUACUGUAUUAACAUAACAAUAAUAAAUGAUGUAUCCA